AAGAAAAACUAAAAAAGAGUAUCGAACGGUAGCUCUGUGUAAAUAAUAAAAAAAACGCCACGUUCUCGCGUUUAACAAAACACUCGAGAACUAUAUUACAUAUAUAGUCGACCACGCCGUAUAAUUAGUUACUUGUCGUCGAUAUUUCGAUCCCGCCGCCUAGCAACAGAUCCCCCCAAUAGCAUUUCAAUGAUCUGAAGUGGCGCGUCGAAUAAAAAACAUCGUGAAUUUUUGUUGGUGAACCAAAACUGUGAUAAUAAACCACAUCGAAAGGGAGCCUACAUCGGGAAAUAGUGUAUAUCCACCGAAAUUAGUGCGUUUCCAAUGUAGCCCCUCAUGGAUAAUUAACACGAGAUCGUUGUGUGACUAUAUAGCAGUAUCGUGUUAAAGCAAAAAAUUUCGCUGUGGCGAAUUUUACAAAUAGCAUCCGUAACCCCACAACAUCAUCUCAACGUCCCUAGCGAAUUUCACUCAUUUGUCAGCGCGGAAUUUACCUGAGUCACGAGCCAUUUCAAUUUCCCGUUCUUCAAAUGGGUUGACUUGUGACAUUGCAGCUUCCUGGACCCGGGAAUCAAAAGGGAUAAAUCUUGAACCUUAAAAGACAUAGCCAAGCAAUAUCAACAUCAGCAGCAGCAGCAGAAACCACCACACCACACUGCAAUAGUUCAAUUUUUGAAACAGAACCACUUGGGCACCGUUGGAUCCUCUGCUCGAAAGCAGCACACCACCCAUGAACCACUCGGCCAAAGCGCUCAACAGCGUGGCCACCAAGAUUAGCACCUCCUGCUCCUGCACCUGCACCUGCACCACCCAACCACUGACCCACCUGCAUCACACUGGCCAUCUGAUUGCCCACCGCCUUGGUCACUCCUACGCAGCCCGUGCCGAUCACAAUUAUCUGGGAUAAAAUUCGAUCACCUUUGGAAAC